CGCAUCGACAAGCAUUGUGCUCGCAGGUAACAGUUGUCAGUCGAGAGUCAGAGCUAAGUCUGAUUGGAGGUACUGCUGGCAAGGUUCUCUGAGUAAGCAAACGAAACAAUACUUUCACCGGGAUGCUGAGGGAAACGGCUCUCGUUUUCGCGGCGUUCGUCGUGUUCGCCGGUGCAACCACAGUUAAUCAAUGUGAUACUGAAAUUCCGUUCGAGGAUUCUUCGCAAAUCAGCGUGGCCGAUUGCGAUAAACCGACAUGCAUAUUGAAACAGGGAACGACCGCUAAGAUAGAGAUCAAACUGGUGCCCAACAGAGACAUUGAAAGUUUGUUCAAUGAAGUGAGCGGGAUUCUUUUCAAUGUACCUGUGCCCUUCAUAGGAGUUGACGGAACGGAUGCCUGCGAAAAUAUUUACAACACCGAUGGUAGCAAAGCUGGGUGUCCGUUAAAAAAAGGCGUCGAAUACGUGUACAAGAACAGCUUCCCCGUAUUGACGUUUUAUCCUAGGGUUGCAUUGGUCGUGCAUUAUGCAUUGCGAGAAGGAAAUGACAGACUUAUAUGCUUCGAGAUACCAGCAAAAAUUACAAAAUAAACUGUCUCGUUGCUGGUUUCGACAAACUAUAAUUAAAAGUCACAUGUGUGCAUGAUGGCCACUCGACUCGAGCUUAUAUAAUUUAAUUUACUGAUGAUGCAACAUAGCAUGCAAAAUAAUCCAUUCAAUGUAAAGUAUGUUAUGCUGUGAUGUGUAUAUAAAAAAACAUU